GAUUAUGUCAGAUCGCGUGCAGAGCGAACCAGCCCAGCCUUUGAACUUCAACGCUUUUGGCUCUCAUUCACUCGCUUCUCCUCACUUCUUAGCCAGGUGCUUCGCGGGGCGAGAAUCCUCCGAGAAAAAGCGCACGAGCACACCGCGGAAAGUUCGCUUCCCGCGCUGGAUUUUGCGGAGCGAGGGGUUGUUCUUGCCUGAGCCCCCAGUGUCGUUUUGAAGAAGAAACAUCUUUCAUAAACACGACCACACGGAAGAAUUACUGGAUUUUUUUUUCAUUGAAAUCGUUUUCCCACUUCUCCAGAUUUUCAGAAGUUGCAUGAUCCGUGUCUGUCUACAUAACAGGUGAAUACUAAUUUAUCUUGGUCGAAGAACUUCUUGUCGUUAUUUUGAAAGAGAACUUUAAACGGCGCUGUGAAAAUGUCAAAGCCGGCAGAUCACAUCAAGAGACCCAUGAACGCCUUCAUGGUCUGGUCAAGAGGCCAGAGGAGGAAAAUGGCUCAAGAAAAUCCCAAAAUGCACAAUUCAGAAAUAAGCAAAAGACUCGGCGCCGAAUGGAAACUGCUUUCAGAAUCCGAGAAACGACCAUACAUCGACGAGGCCAAGAGGCUCCGGGCUCAACACAUGAAAGAACACCCAGACUACAAAUAUAGACCCAGGCGGAAACCCAAAAACCUUCUCAAGAAGGACAGGUAUGUGUUUCCUCUGCCCUACUUGGGUGACACAGAUCACCUGAAAGGACUUCCGGUCACUGCCACGGACUCUCUCUUAGGUUCUACGGAAAAAGCUCGUGCAUUUCUGCCACCAACAUCUGCCCCUUACUCCUUCCUCGACCCGAGUCAGUUUAGCACCAGCGCCAUCCAGAAGAUGACAGAGAUGCCCCACACGUUGGCCACCAGCACUUUACCCUACGCAUCAUCUCUGGGAUACCAGAACGGCGCAUUCGGGACCCUGGGUUGUCCCAGCCAGCACACCCACACCCACCCUUCGCCUACAAACCCUGGGUAUGUGGUGCCCUGUAACUGCACCGCUUGGUCGGCAUCGAGUUUACAACCGCCUGUUGCCUACAUACUGUUCCCAGGUAUGACCAAGAGUGGGAUUGACCCAUACUCAACAGCACAUGCCACUGCUAUGUGACUCCACAACUAAAACAUUCUACUCUUUGAAAACUUGAAAACACCAAUGCAUGUACAUAAGAAGAGAGGAAUGGUCAAGACAUUUGUACUGAGUCCGUGUGGAGAUGAACUUUUCACCAACUACGACAGGUUCCUUGGAUCUUGGAAUAAAUGUAAGGCAGGUGCCCAGUACUGUAAGAAAUGUAAAUGUUGAAACGUUUAUUAUUAUUAUGGCAAUCGGAUUCAGAUGCCUUUUAUUUAUUAUGUACAAUUUGAUGCUAAAAUGAUAAAUGUGUUUUGACAGUAAAUAUAAUUGUAAUUAUCAUCAUAUUAUUAUUUGAAUGACUUUAAUUUGCACAAAUAUCGGUUAAGAUUGAUGUUUUUUGUAAAGCUUAUUGUAUUUACUGCUGUUUUUAGCACUCUGAAAUUCAAAUUAUAUGACUAUUAGGGAUUUUAAAGUUGGAAAUUCAACGUUUAAUAGAUUAUACGGGUUAUACUGAUUAAAAAGAUCUAACCGAGUCCUGCAAUUAGACAGUCUAUUCAAAAUAUAAAAUGGCAAAAUCGUCCUUUUUUAGUAUCCUUAAUUUUGGCGUCUUAUGUGUUUUAGUGCUAGUCACUCGUUCUUUUGAUUUGAAAAUAACUAAAAGUUUGAAGCGAAGCUGUCCAUCUUGUAUUUUUAUCUGCGAUGGUAACUUAAAUCCUGUCAUGUUAAUGGAAAGGAAAAUGUAUCUAAAUUGGGUGAUGCCUCGAUUCUUUGUUCAUUUGCCGAGCAAAGACAUUUUAAAUAAAGACAUCUGUCUUUAGAAUACA